AUGCCACUGGUCCACGAUGCUGCACGUCUCCGCUCUGCCUCGAGCGCUUACUUCAAUGUCGCGGCCAAUCAGCCCCCACAACCACACAUGCCGACUCAAUGCGCACAAGCCUCGCUGCGAACUAACAUUGACGUUGACGACCUCGACGGUAGGGAUGCGUUGCCAUUGGGCGCCUACGCAAAGUCAGAGGAAUGCCUCAUCUAUAUCAUUAUCAGCCGCCCGACUAACUUUCGACACUUUGAUGGCCUCGAUGACAUGCCGUCCAUGUUCAAUGACGCGUCUAUGCCUGUCCGGCGCCGCCGUAGUUUCCGUCCACUCGAGCUGUCCAUCUAUCUCCCUGAUGGGUGUGGCCAUUUGUCCCCACUACCUGAUUUCGAGGAUGCAGAAUGCUGGACUAGUCUACCGUCGCACUUGACACGCCCUGCAGAAGCUCAUAUCCGUGUGAGAGAUUCGCGUACAAGUUCCAUAUCUUCGCACCCGUCCGCAUCUUCCUAUCUUAUCCAGCGCAAGCCAGUCGCUGUUCACUCCAGACGUAGUAGCGUGCAAAGCCAGAACAGCACCGUCACACACGAACGAAGACUUUCGGGAACUACAAUGGGCACUAUGGCCACCCCUACGCUAGCUUUACUUCCCGAGAACUCGCCAAUGACCGUUGACCACACUCUUGAAAAGACUACACUUCAGCGCUCGCGAACUUCUGGAACAUUAUCACCAUCACGUGUUCUGUCACGUCUCCCAUCCCCAUCCCGCAGCCGUGCCAACACAGCCCCUUCACGACCCGGAAGUCUUCGUCGUACAAAAACUGAUGUCGAUGAUGCCAUUCGGGAACUCAACACCAUCGUCGAGGAGCAUCGAGCCAGCGCAUAUCGCUCGAGCAAUCAAUCUUCCACGAUGAUCAACCGUCCUCCUCCCUCGCCUUCGCAUCACGUACCUUACAUCGCGCCAUCAAUGCGUAUGCAUGUUCGCUCCGAGACCCUUUCUGAUAUCGGUUCCGCUUUCUCUGCACCCUUGGGAUUCAAGCCGCUACCCACCACUCCGGAAUCGGAAAUCCCAGGGAGACGAACAACAGCAGGCCUCAGCCUUGCCCCGCCAGCUUUCUCAUACAAUGGUCCCUUGACCUCUAACCCCAUCACACCACCACCACCAGCUACACCAACUACUCCUAUCGCUCGCCUGGGCGCAUGGAUUAAGCGAUCUACUUCCUCCCUGGCGUCUAGCUCGCGUCCCGCAACCCCAAAGACAGCAGACUCAUUCUACAGGUGCGAGACUCAGCCCGCCCCGCCACUUCCCGCCUCUCGCCCAUCCACAGCAGGAUCGCGCACACUACAUACUCGACAAGAUUCCCAGGAAAGCAAUGGUACUGCUACCGUGACACUCUUCUCAUCUUGUCCUUCUACACGUUCUGGGUCGCCCACGCCCACAUCUCACUCACUUUCCACGGUAGCUACUUCUUCGCCACCCAGGAAGUUAAGACGCGUGCCUGCACCUUUGACACUUGUCAAAGAGAAGGAGAUCGCAGUAGAGGCUGCUCUCGCGAGCGCCCGUAGCACUAGGAGCUUCAUGAACGCCAAGCCACCCAUGAGCCCCAACUUCCAUCUUCUCAAAGGAAUGGAAAUCACUGCCAAAGACGUUGGCAUUAAUGGACGAAGGAGCAUCAUGGCGCCGAGCCCAGGAGCAGUGGGCGUCGCAUUCUAA